CAGUACCCCAGGGGCUGUUAAAGGCGGCGAGGAAGAGCGGCCAGUUAAACCUGUCUGGUAGGAACCUUAGUGAAGAACACUAAUGUAGGGAUGCUUCUGUAUGACUCACCUGAAACUGAGGAAAAGUCGAAGUUGCCAGAGUUUGGAACAAAACAGUGCUAUAAAUUCUAAAGAAGCAACACUGUUGAACUGACAGGAAAAGUGGUAAGUAGAUAAUUUGUUAAACAAGCCAAUUAGUUUGGAAACAAUAUUAUUUGAGAGACAAAUAUGGAUAUAAGGCUAUCUUGUCUUGAAGAGAGGAGUUUGGUUAAUUUCCAUUUGUGGAAUUAAGUAACUGAGUCUAGGGCUCCUAGGCCUCAAGAAGGCAUGAUACCUGCUUUAGGGUAAUGCGAAUUUGCCUUAUUCAGGAUGUGCAGUUUGUUAUGACAGGAGAAAAAGUGUAACACAAACCAUAUGUUUACUGGAACUUUAACUAGUCAUCCUUAAAUCUGUAUGAACCAUGUUCUGUUUUACUAUGUAGCUUGAUUCUGUAUCUUGACUACUGGUUGUCUGAAUGGAACUUGUUGUUUCUAAGCAGCUAAUUAGAAUUAACUAGCCAGAGUAUGCAGAUUAUUUUAAUAAUAAAUAAUUCCAGGAAAAAAAAAAAGUAGUUCCAGAUGAGUAGCUUUGUCAAAACAAGCUAAUCCCUAAGAUAAUUCUUAAAAAUGGAAGCAAAAAGAAAGUGCCUUAAUUUAUAUAUAAUGACAAAAUCUUGAGGUGAACAUUUAAUUUCUAGUGUAUGAAAUCCAAGGAAGUCUAGUUGUGUGGAUUAUAAAACAAGGAAGUAGAUAGCUAAUUGAAAAACCCCAUUCCUGUUUCUUGAUCCGUUAAGAUAGUAGUUUCUAAACUUUAGUGUCUUGAUCUCUUGUGAUGUAUAUCCUAAGUUAUUUAUUAUGAAUUCCAAUUAUUUUAUAAAUUGUUUAAUGAAUUAGUGCAAAUUUAAAUAUGAAUUUAAAACUGAGUGUCAUCUGUCAUAGAUGUUGUCCCAGGAAGAAUACAAAUUAUGAAGAAUGGUGUUAAACAGUUUCAGUGAGGUUUAUCAUGUUUACUAUACAGCUGAAUGUACCCUCAAGUUACAGCAAUAAAUUCAGACAUUUUUUUCUCUCAGAGAGAUUGAUAAAAAUGUUUCCUUUUCAUCUCUUAAACAUUUUAUUUUUCUUACAGUAUUCUCACCGGACUUCAGGACAGAACAGUUCCUUUCAUGCUUUCUAACGUAACAAUGUCUCAAGUGGUCUAAACCACAAAGAUAUAUCCUUUGAAUCAAUCUCAAACUGCAACUGAGUUGUUUUUGUUAGUUGCUGUCGAACUGAGUUAAUGCCUUCCAUAUAACUGUUUAACUUUCCUCUCGUGUGUGUAUACGUUUUUUCUUAUUAAACUUUAAAGACUGCAGUAUCGUGGUUUGUCAGUAUGGGAGUUCUUGGCCCCUGGGUAAUGCAAGAGAUUUGCUCUUGGCUACUAACGAAAAGUUUGGUAGUUUGGACUUAUCCAGUGAUACUGCAGAAGAAAGGUCUGAGAAAGGUGUGGCAAUCUGUUUCCAUAAAGAUUACAGCCAAGAAAACCCAGUGGAGCAUUUCUACUCUGUAACACGUGGGGCCACCAUGUGUUGAGUCAACUUGAUGGCAAUGGGUUUGGUCUGAUUUUUUGGCUUUGUUUAAUGUACAGAGGCCAUUGUGGUCAUGAAUAAAGCACUAUGGAGAAAAUUGUAAUGUUUUCCAAUGAGCUUUUCCUGAUCCUUCACAUGGUAGCUUAUUUCUUGGUCCAUGCUUUUAAAGUGUUCAUAAUUGGAUAGACAGUUCAGUGAAUGUUGGAUAGACUGUUAUAAAAAGAUUACCUACACCUAGCAUAUAGAAUUUUUGUAUUACUGUUGUUGGAUGCUAGCAUUCAAAUGAUAAUGAGGCCGUCUCAUUUAAUCAACAAGGAAAUUGGGGACUAGGGAUACUAGGUUACUGGCCAAUUUGAUUAGUUGCACAGCUUUAACCAGAGUUUGAGAUUCCUGACUCUUAGGUCAAUGGUCUAUCCAUGAUGAAAUGCUGUGUAUCUUAGUUUUAAUGUUUAUAGUUUUUUAAAAGAUGGGAGUUGACAGACUAGGAUACAGACCUUAAUGGAAAGGAUGAUUUUCUACCUUAAGGAAACAAUUACUAUUGUAUACCUUGGGUGAUCAAUUGCUAUAUGUAUGUAGCUGUCCAAAAAAAAGUCAAAAAAGAUUUUUAGAUCACAUGGUUUAUUGUGCCUGCAGUUUAAUGACUACACAUUUUUGUCCCUCCAUGUAAAUUUUUAAGUUAAUAUAAAGAAAAAAUUCCAUAGCAAUUUUUUUCAUAUUUGGAAUACAUAUUGAAGUUCAUUUUUACCUGAUAGUUUCUAUUUUAUAGAUUGGUAAACUACUUUUACAAUGCUUCCACAGAACUCCUCAGUAGUUAAGAUUAUACCUUUCAGUUGUUCUUCAGUUUUUAUAAGUAGCAAAGGUGACAUGAACCUUGAUGCUAUGAGCUCUAGGAGAAAUUGGGAUACCUCACAAUGAUUAGUGAAGAAUGAGCAAUAAGUCAUUGCUUGGGGGAAAGCAAAUUGGUACAUGUCCAGUAAUAGGAUAUCAGCAGUUCUCUAUCCAUUGAUAGUUCCCACCGAUUUUGUUCACAAAAAUAUUUGAAGUAAUAAUGAUAAAAUGUUAACAUUCAUUUAGUGUGAUUGAUGGGUACCAAGUGUCUGUAUUGUGUUCUGUAACAGUGUCUUGUGCUCCUCACUCUCCUAUCCCCCAAAAAGGCAAUUUGUUGUUAGAUUGCUAUUUAAGUGCGGUCACCACUAUGUACCAAAGUAUAGGUGUUAGAGAAAAAUGUGUGCAGAAAUUGUCUGCAUAUCUUCUUUUGAAGCAGAAUUAAGCAUAUUAGUUUCUUCCAUACAUGUUCUUUUUCAUUGUUUUGUCUUGUCUUUUUUGUUCUGGAGCCUUUUGUUGGUGAUGACACAAACCUAUAUGGCAUACUGAUAGCUUUUUUUUAAAAUAGUCACACUGAUUUUUAGUCAAAUACAUAAGUGUUCCCAUUUCUACUGAUUUUUUUGGUGUCAAGUUCACAUGGCAAUUGCUAGGCUCAUCUCUUUCUCAUUCCCACGGAACCAUCUAUACCUACACACCAAAAUAAUAAUAACAGAUUUUAUAGUGCUUUUGCUCUCAAGAAUGGAAAGAAGUGAAUUUUUCGGUUUUGCUUUGCUUUAAAAAUAAGCUUUAAAAACAAAGCAAAAUACAGGUUCAUUCACAUUCUGUGUAUUUAUAUUUGCUGGAGAUUCAGCAGUAGAAGAGUAGAGAAGGGAGAGAGUGCCUAAUCAGGGAGAAAGAGUGGGAGAGAGAUCUUAUAUUUUAUCCUAAUAUGAACAUGGCUACCUCUUUUUUUUUUUUAUUUUUAAAGUAGAAGUCACAUGCAUCUUAGGAACUUUGCUUCUAUAAAACCAUUCUAAUCAGAUUACACAUCCUGAAUUUUACUUCAGCGUUCUGAACCUGAAACUUUGACCAUACCUUUCCAUUUAAUCUCUGAUGGUUUUGAAAUGAUAUACAAUAGCAGCAGGGUAUAACCAGUGAUAGCCAUGAUUAACAUCAGCUCAAAAUUCUAAAUUAUACCUCUAUGUAGUCCUACUUUAAUCAAGGAAUUGAAGACUUUGUUUAAAAUAAUUUUGAUACAACGUACUAAUAGCUUUUGAAGCUUCAAGUUUUACAGUGACCACAUGGACUGUCCCUGUUUAAUUUAUACAGUCUUAUUUGCCGCGUUAUAGGAAUUGCUGUCAUUUGCUUCCUAGAAUAACACAGUGUUGUAUAGUGUAGUAAAAAAUAAAAUUGCAUAGCAGGGAAAAUACAUAGAGUAGCUACCAGAGUCAGAUAUUCUUCCUAAAUAUUAUCUAAGAGGGAUGGCAGUGUAACAUUACUAGGAUUUGAAUCCCAUUUUCUGCUACUUACUAGCUGUAUAACCUUGGGCAAAUUACAGUCUCUCUGUGCCCUGUUUUUCUCAUCUAUAAAAUGGGCGUAGUAAUAGUACAUACUAACUCAUAGAGUUGUUAUAUUUAAAUGAGUUAGUAUGUUAGAACGUUGCCUGAUAUUUAUGUUAGCUCUUAUUAGCUAUUUUUAUUAUUACCAGCCCUCUCUCAGCCUUAGUGUAUAUUUCUGCUAUAAAAAUUAUACCGUUAUGUUAUAAAUGUUGAUUUCAAUGCCUUCUUCAUCAUUCUGUUAGUUUCAGGGUAGAAUCCAUGCUUUAUUUGCCUUGUAUGUCUACCACAGUGGGCUGUGCAGAGUGUAUACCUGAUAUAGUUGAAUGAAGUUGAAAAGUGUGAUCUAUUGUGUAAAAUACAUAUUAGUUAGUUUUUUUAAAAUAAACUUUCAUUCUAAUCUAGCCUUAAUUCAUUGCUGUUUGAUUUAUUGACAGUCUUAAAGUGUUUUCAAUAACAUGAAUUAUUUCAGUAGACAAGCAAUGAUGUUAAAUAACAAUUAUCAGAGUAUAUCACUUAAUAUCUCACUUCUUGUUUUCGUCUUUUUUUGGGGGUUGGUGAUGGUUGAAAUAGUGCCUCAAUGUGUUUGGAGAAUAAACGUGGAUAUCCCUGAGGAAGCUAAUCAGAAUCUUUCAUUCGGUGCUACUGAGCGAUGGUGGGAGCAGACGGACUUGACCAAACUAAUCAUAUCAAACAAUAAACUUCAGUCACUUACAGAUGACCUCAGACUCCUCCCUGCACUGACUUUUCUUGAUAUACAUGAUAAUCAGCUGACAUCCCUUCCUUCUGCUAUAAGAGAGCUAGAAAAUCUUCAGAAACUUAAUGUCAGCCAUAACAAACUGAAAAUACUCCCGGAAGAAAUUACAUAUCUAAGAAACCUGAAGGGCCUGUAUCUCCAGCAUAAUGAACUAACUUGCAUACCAGAGGGAUUUGAACAACUCUCCAGUUUAGAAGAUUUAGAUCUUUCCAGCAAUCGACUUACAACUGUUCCUGCUAGUUUUUCUUCUCUGUCCAGUCUGGUGCGGCUCAAUCUUUCCAGUAAUCAACUGAAGAGUUUGCCGGCAGAAAUAAGUAGAAUGAAAAGAUUAAAGCAUUUGGAUUGCAAUUCAAAUCUCUUGGAAACUAUACCUUCUGAAUUGGCUGGCAUGGAAUCACUAGAAUUACUUUAUUUGCGGAGGAAUAAAUUACAUUCUCUGCCACAGUUUCCUUCCUGUAGACUACUGAAGGAAUUGCACGUAGGUGAAAACCAGAUUGAAAUACUAGGAGCAGAACAUCUUAAACAUCUGAAUUCUAUCCUUGUAUUAGACCUGAGGGAUAACAAGUUGAAAUCUGUUCCUGAUGAAAUCACACUACUACAGUCUCUGGAAAGACUUGACUUAAGUAACAAUGAUAUUAGUAGUCUGCCCUAUUCAUUGGGAAACCUUCACCUGAAAUUCUUGGCACUAGAAGGAAAUCCUUUGAGAACCAUUCGAAGAGAAAUUUUAAAUAAAGGAACCCAAGAAGUCCUAAAAUAUCUACGAAGCAAAAUCAGAGAUGAUGGACCUACCCAAAGCGACUCUGUUACUGAGACUGCCAUGACACUACCAAGUGAAUCAAGAAUCAAUGUACAUGCCAUAACCACACUGAAAAUAUUAGACUAUAGUGAUAAACAAACAACUCGGAUUCCUGAUGAAGUGUUUGAUGCAGUAAAAAGCAACAUUAUCACAUCCAUCAACUUCAGUAAGAAUCAGCUAUGUGAAAUUCCGAAAAGGAUUGUGGAACUGAAGGAAAUGGUUUCCGAUGUCAACCUCAGUUUUAAUAAGCUUUCCUUUAUUUCCUUGGAAUUAUGUAUGCUUCAAAAAUUGACUUUUUUAGAUCUCAGAAACAAUUUUUUAAACUCUUUGCCUGAACAAAUGGAAUCAUUGAUAAGACUACAAAUGAUCAAUCUUUCCUUUAAUAGGUUCAAAAUACUACCUGAAGUUCUGUAUCGUAUCCCCACACUUGAAACAGUUCUGAUUAGUAACAAUCAAGUUGGAUCUGUGGACCCUCAGAAGAUGAAGAUGAUGGAAAAUCUGACUACAUUGGACCUUCAAAAUAAUGACCUCCUACACAUCCCACCAGAGCUCGGUAAUUGCGUGAAUUUAAGAACAUUACUCCUAGAUGGAAAUCCAUUCCGCGUUCCUCGAGCAGCCAUAUUAAUGAAAGGAACAGCUGCUAUCCUGGAAUAUUUGAGAGACCGAAUUCCUACUUAAAUUGGAGUUGCCUUAUAAUCCUGGCCAAGUUAACUGUUAGGAGGAUUUAACAUUUUCUUUUAGUAUCAUCCUAAUACUGAUUGCUAUAAUUGAUCUUAUAGUUUUCCAAUAUCACCUAGCCAUUGGUAUAAUUGGCCCGGGCCAUAUUCCUGCCAGGAACUAUUUUUACACUGACAACUAUUUAACAUUUUUUCUAAGGUAUUGUGUACAUUUAUAAUGGUGAUGACCACAUAUACUAUCCAUACAUUUAUUCUGAAUGUUUUGAAAAGCAUUUACCUUACCCACUUUUCAUUCCCUUAUAACAUAGCAAGCAAUUUCUUCAAAAAUGAAUUUUUAUUUAACAUGAAUAUUUUUAUAAUGACAAAGCAUUUUUGUAGAAGUGUUUUUUUUUUAAAUUUCUACUUGUAUUACAUAUAAUAUGACCAAUUGACUUGACUAUGACUACCCAAUUUCUAUCUUUUUAUUAGAUAUAAAAUUAAAUUGAAUUUUACUGAGUUCUGUCCUUUGGCGUUAAAAAAAGUAAGACUUUUUGUUACCCAUGAUAGAACUUUUGUGAUGUAGUUGGUUUUGGUACAAGUUUUUAGUCAACAUUCACUGUUUCGUUUUAAUCUAGUUAAACUGAUUCUUUUCUAGCUAUAGGUCUUUUCCCCCUAUUUUUUGAGAUCAUUUUAUCACGGUUGCUAAUCUCACAGAAAAGUCAUACAAGAUAAAGUUAAUUGAGGGAGAAAAUAGUGAAAAUACAGUUAUAAUUGCUCUCACAAUUUUGAAUUUAAAACUUGACAAGUUUUAUGAUAUCUUAGGUAUUAAGUUUCCAUAUGAUAAUCUAUUACUUUUAGAUUCAAGAGCAUUAAGGAGAUUGGAUCUGUAUAUUUUUCCCUCAGCUAGAGAGCAAGCAUUUUGAAAUACCUUUUGUUCCUUAAAAAAAUAUGUAUUGAAUACUUUAUCUUACUAAUUAUUUAGAUAACAGAAACUGAUAAUAAUAAGCAUAUACUGCAUAGAAAUCUUGAAGUGUACUGUGUUUAAAACACCUGUUAAGCAGGUAUUUGUAUACCUAAUCUACUCUGUGUGUUUUAAUCCAACCUUUGUGCAUCUUUUUAUUUCUAGUACGUUAAUUUAAAACUUAUUGCAAUCUUGAUAAGACCAAACUUGUAGUCAUGUAGUAAUUUUCUAAAAGGGAAGUUGAUACAGAUAAACUUGAUUUAAUGAAAUUCCAAUAUAAAAUUUUUUGUUUACACCAAAAAUAUCAGAAGUAGGCUGAUCAGUCAUUAUUAAACUUAUCAUUAGAUUCUAUUAAGUAGUCAAUUCAGUAGUGUAUAGCUAGA